AUGGCUACCUCUGGACGCCUCGGCUUCACCGUGCGCAGGCUCCUGGACUUACCGGAGCAGGACGCGCAGCACCUGCGGAGGCGGGAGCCCGAGCUACGCGCCCCCGGCCCCGGCCCCUACGCCACCUGGCUGGAAUCGGAGCGCGGCCACUACCCCUCCUCGGACGAGAGCAGCCCAGAGGCCAGCCCGCGGGACUCGUCGCAGCGGCAGUCCGCUCGGCCUGCGUCUCCGGGCUCGGACGCCGAGAAGAGGAAGAAGCGGCGGGUGCUGUUCUCCAAGGCGCAGACGCUGGAGUUGGAGCGGCGCUUCCGGCAGCAGCGCUACCUGUCAGCGCCAGAGCGCGAGCAGCUGGCGCGCCUGCUGCGCCUCACGCCCACGCAGGUCAAAAUCUGGUUCCAGAACCAUCGCUACAAGCUGAAGCGCGCGCGCGCGCCGGGAGCCGCGGAGGCGCCCGACUUGGCAGCGGCGGCCGAGGUGCGCGCCGCGCCCGGCUUGCUGCGCCGCGUGGUGGUGCCCGUGCUGGUGCGCGACGGGCAACCGUGCGGCGGCAGCGGCGAGGUGGGCACGGCCGCCGCCCGGGACAAGAGCGGCCCGCCCCCGGCAGCCGCCUGCCCUCUGCCAGGCUACACCGCCUUCGGUCCCGGCUCGGCGUUCGGCCUCUUCCCCGCCUACCAGCACUUAGCGCCCCCCGCCCUGGUCUCCUGGAACUGGUGA